AUGCGUCUCUCGCUGCAACUCGCAGACCGGAGCGAACAGGAAUUCUUCAGAGCCGCGUUCAACCGGACGCGGCUGUACCUGACCGUACCGCCCGAGGACUGCACCAGGACGAACAUCAACGAACUCGCGACCAGGUUGAGGUCCCUCCGUCUCGACGGAUUCGAAUUCUACAUGAAGGGGAACGAGAGCGCCGAUGACGUCAGGCUCUGCUCCAACCUCAUCGACCGAUUCGUUUCUUUGAAAGGUCCAUCCGCUGCAAUCCUGCGUAGCGGCCCUUGCGGGACUUUGGUCAAACCGAACGUACUGGCAAAUGUAUACCAAGUGCACGCCCCAAUCGACGAUGAAGGCCGAAUACACGACGCCGUAUUCAUGAACAACUUCGAUUACACGGACACGGGCCACGGAGGAGUCGACAUGGUGCGCAUCGCUGAUGUCCUCAUGCGUGCCCAGAAGGAAAGGACCGAGAGCAUCGCUGCGGGAGCUCCCAACAUCACCAACAUCUGCUACAGCCUCAGCUUUAUGGGGAUGCGGAUGGACACGCGGACGAUGGUCAAGUACUCGCAGGUGUGCGAGACGGUCCAGUGCUGUCUGGUGGACAAGUCGCCGCAGCGCAACGACCGCAGUCGCUCCCUCGUCGCCACAGUGAUGAACCGGUCCCUGUACAACGUGUCGUACGACGACGCCGACACGCUCGCCGAGAAGGCCAAGGCGGUCUUCCUGAUGACGCGGGGUGCCCUCUGCAUCGCCGCCGAUGACGUGCAGGCGGACGACUUCGGCGGAAAGUGUGGCGGCGCAGGACGCAAGGCACCGCUUCUCACUAUGAUGGCCGAACUGGCUCGACUGCAGAACGGUGCGUUCGGGAACGAUGUGAGCGGCAGUGAGAAGACCGUCGCCGCCCAUUGGGCAGAUCCCAUUCCACCGCCGAAAUUCGAACUCCCUCCCGAUAUACUACUUUAG